AUGGUAGCCCUCUAUCGCUACACAGCCUUGGAUCAUAAUGGAAUGAUCCGAAUUCUCACACUUUCUCCUGCCGUCUGUCACGAACAUGACAUCAAUAUCAAGUUAACUUCGGCGAGCCUAGAUACCUGCACAUAUGAGGCGCUAUCAUAUACAUGGGCAACCGAGGAUGGUGAUGCGACACUUUCACACUCGAUUUACUGCGAGGGAGCUGUCAUCAAGGUUUCCAAGAACUGCCAAAAUGCUAUGCGAAAACUUCGAUUGCAGAUGGAGGAAAGAGAGAUGUGGAUUGAUGCCAUCUGUAUCGACCAGAGCAACCAUGAAGAACGAGGCAGACAGGUAGCUAUGAUGGAUUUGAUCUACAUAAGGGCGAAGAGAGUCGUCAUCUGGCUCGGGGAUGCAUCCAAGCUUCGAGACUCAGAGACUGGACACCCCAUUUCUGACAUUUUCAUGUCAUAUCUUCGAUCUAUGGUACCUGAUAUACGAAAGUCAGAGGCGCACAGAGAAGAGCCCAGGUCAUUGCACCUUUACAACAACCUGACAGGACAGGCAGCCGAGUAUGUAACCAGUGGAUACAUGACCACACUUGUCAGAGGAUUCUUAGAUGUUGUUCUACGGCCAUGGUGGGAGCGGGUAUGGGUUGUCCAAGAGGCAGCUUUAAAUAUGUCAACAACUGUCAUUUGUGGGGAGCAAGAAGUUGACUACAAAUACUUUUACGACUUUUUCUCUCAUGUCUACGGAGACAUCAGCCAUGAUGGAGGAUUAACAUUUACCUUGCUCGAAGGAUUCAAGCAUCAAAUGUACUCGGUGUACCUGGUAAGGGAGAGGGUUCAUGACCUUGGUCCCGCGACAGUUCUGUACGAUGUCCUUGCUCGCAGCCGUCGACUCCGAGCUACUGACAAACGGGAUCACAUCUUUGCUCUACACAACAUCAUCGGCGAUCUCAAAAAUCAGCUUCCACCGCUGGACUACAAGGAUACUGAGGUAAAGGUGUUCACUGAUAUGACAAUCACGUUCUUAAAGCUCCUUACGCCGUUUGAGGUUCUGCUCCAGGCAACGAAUACUAUACACACACAGGACUUUCCCUCAUGGGUUACGAACUGGUCGCAAAGGCCACAACUCCACAUUCCUCCUAGUGAUGGGCUAUACAAUGCCUCAAAGGGCUCUUCCGCUUGCUAUAGCGUGCCGAGUGACGGAAAAAGGCUAACGGCUCGUGGGAUAUUUGUAGACAUACUGCAAGAUAUACCAAAGGUUGGUGAAUCUUGUUACCAAUAUCCAUAUGUCCCGUCCAAGGGCAUAUUGGGGUAUCAGAAGUCCUGCAGCACUGGGUUAUCCCUAACGAGAUAUCCCACUGGCGAAGACGUUCGGGACGUCCUCUGGAGAACAUUGUGCUGGAAUGUCGACUCGCACUGCCAUUACCCAGCUGAGGCUGGACUCGCGCAAAGUUUUGACAAGUUUCAUGAAGCUCUGUUCUCCGGAAAUAGCAUGGAACAGAUAGAAAGGGAUCUGCUGGAGAAGGCUACCGCAUUCAACGACAUAUGCGUGCACUCGAUGCCGAUAGGGAUAACGUCGCGGGGUUAUCUGGCUUCGGUUCCAUGGACCUCUGAGCCCGGGGACGUUAUUGCCAUUCUUGCUGGAGGGGAGGUGCCAUUUGUUCUUCGUAAAGAUCAUGUAGGUGUGGAUUAUCGGUUGAUUGGAUCGGGCUACGUACAUGGUAUGAUGAACGGUGAAGUGUUUCCGUCGGACCCAAGUGUUUUAGAUUGGAUCACACUACACUAA